AUGGAAAACGGUGAUCAUACAUCCUUCGGCGGUGGUGAGGAUGAGGCCAAGAGGAAGAUGGAGGCCAAAAAGCUGAGGAACCUCGAAAAACAAAAAGAGGAAAUGGCUGAAUAUGAAGAAAUGAGAAAAGCCGAGAGAGAGAAGGACGAAGAAGCAAUCCGGCAAUUGAGAUUGAGGAGAGAACAACGUAAGAAGGAACGGGCCGAGGAGGAAAAAAGGUUGGCUGAGCAGAGGAAGAUCGAGGAGGCUAGACGCAAGGCAGAGGAGGAAGAGAAGAAAAAGAAGAAGAAGGAAGAGGAAUCGAGGAAGAAGGAGGAACGCGAAAAGAAGAAGAAGGACGCUGAGGAGAGGCUUAAACCCAAGAAACCCAACUAUGUUAUUGCUAAGAAAAGCGGCGAGGGUGCCGAACCAAAGGAGCCCACCUCUAAAGAAGAUAUGCAGAAAUCUAAGGAGCAGCUGGAAGAAGAGAAGAAGGCCAUUUUGGCCCAGAGAAUACAACCUCUGGAUAUCAGUGGCAUGGACAUCGAGAAACUGAAGGAAAAAGCCAAAGAAUUGCAUGACCAUUUACGAAAACUUGCUGGCGACAAAUUCGACCACGAGGAAAACUACAAGAGGCAACAGAAAGACCUUAUUGAACUCGCCGAGAGAGCCAGGCAGAUGAGCAAGGGCAAGGGCAAGAAAACUGGAAGUGACAUCCAGAGAGUAGAUGAUUCUUUCGAUCACUUGGCUGAUAAAUAUGCAGGGUGCCCACCUAAAAUCAUGCUUCACAGCAAAUAUGAACGUCUCACAGAUCACCGAAGUUACGAUGAAAGAAAAGAUCUGUAUUCGAAAUUAACCACGGAGUUAGAACAACAACAAGAAAAAGAUCGUCAAAUCCGAGAACAUAUGAAAGAAGUGAGAAGUCAGAACGAACCGAAAAGAGAGGAUGAAGAAGCAGCCCCAGCUGAAGAAGUUUCAGCUCCAGCAGAGGAAGCACCUGCUGAAGAGGCCCCUGUUGAAGAGGCCGGCGGUGAGGAAAAACAAAAAAAGAAAUGUUUAGUGUUUGAGUGUAAUGUGCCUUUUCUAGUCAAGACUACUGUACUUAAUUCAGACAACAACGAUGUCCAGCAGGUACGGCGCUGUUUCGAUGACCAAGUCUCUUGGCAUCUGUUCGGACUGACCGACCUCCGUCCUCUACAAAUAAAUAACCCCACCCCUGUCCUGUGCCUGCCACUGACUCUCAGCACCCGGGUUCCACCUUUAACUGACCAUCAACUGACAACAGAAGCAGAGAAAAUAACAAAGUUGGGCGAUCAAAUUUAG